GUCCAGGACGUACGUGUCAAGAAGUUAUGAGCCGGUGAAAUUUGUUGUAAAAUAAUAACUAAACAUGAGGAUUUCCACUUAUUAUACCCUAGAAACUUUUAUUUUAGUAUUUUCAAUAAUUUUGGCAUUAUUCUGUGCCACAACAUAUGCAAGUAUAGGAGGUUACAUUAGCCAAGCAGAUAAGAACAAAUUUAUUCAGAUUUUGGAAAAAACUCUGAAAGUUGAUGGGGAUGAUAUUAUUUCUUCAUACUAUGGAGCAAGAGGAUAUCAAAUUCUUACAGUUCCUCUCGAUAAAAAGCAAACAGCAGACAACUGUGCUCACUUAAAGAAAAACUUUAAGCAUCAAAGUAUUGAAAGUACCUUUUACGUAUACAGUACGUGGAAUAUAUUAGGAUGCCAGGGAGCUCUUCAUUCACCAGAAGUCAUAAAGACAAUUCAAGCUGCUCUGGAAGAUAAUAAGUCUACUUUAGCAGAUAUUCGUUAUGCUUUAGAAAUCCUAACUCUCCUAAAACAACAAAUACCUGGACCUGCUAAAGUAUCCCAAGCUAUUCAAGCAAAACUGAAAGAAGAUGAUAGCCUUCAAAAUUUAGGACAAGCUGUCCAUGCAGCUUCUCUUUUAGGAGACAAUGGAAAAUUUGCAUUGGACAGGGUAGAAGAUAUUGUUGUGCAAGCUGAUGAAGUUGAUGGAAAGUUAUUGCAAUGGGAAGGUGGGCUUACUACCACAUCCUUACUUCUUACAGGUUUAUUUAGAUUGCCAGGUAAUUCGCCUUUAACAGCAGUACAAGCUGAUAAAUUUGCAAAUUAUUUGUUGACAAGAAAAACUGUACAAGCUGCCAAAGGGGUACUAUCUUUCUUAGAUGCUUCUCUAGCAUUAUCUAGCAGUAGUGUGUCUCCUGUCAGUAUCUCAAUUGUAGGAACACCUCAAGUCUCAGCAGAUAAACCAGAUUUGAAAGUACAAGUUAGCAAUCUGUUUGGAGUACCUCACAAAACACCUCCUUCUCCUGUAGUAGCUGAAAAAGUCACAAAAUUGGCAGAUGACAGUGUUGUAUUAUCUAAACAAACUUUAAAAGCUGGAGCUCCGUCUGCUGAAUUCAUAUUACCUUUGAAACUAGACCCUGGUCUAUAUAAAGUAGUAAUUAAUGCAGGUAGCCAUUCAGCAGACUUUGUAGUAAGAGCUUUGGGCUCUCUUACUGUUAAAUCUGUGGAAAUUGGUCUCAGUGACUCUGACGGAGGGGCUGCUGUGAAACUAACCAAGUUGACAUACAAAAAUAAGCUUCCUAAGCCUUUACAAGCUGAUUCCAGUCAAAGUUUGUUGAUUAAAUUUUCAUUAUCCAGAACAGUUCACCAAGCUUUCCUUAGGUUGUAUUCCGGAAAGAAAGAAAUAAUAUUUGUAGCUGAACAAGACAGCAGUAAGUUAUAUUUAGUUGAAGUUAACUUAGAAAAGGAACUUUCUCAGUCAGGUAACUUCGAAAUGGAACUCAUCUUAGGAGAUGCUUUGAUCACCAAUCCUAUUCGCUGGGGUUUGGGUACUAUUGAGGUUAAUUUAGGCCCAAAUGCCAAAGAAGAUGUUAAAGCAGCCAGAGGUCCUAAACCAGAGAUCCAGCAUUUAUUCCGACCUGCAGAAAAAAGACCACCAGAAGCAGUAUCUCUAUUCUUCACUGCCCUAACUGCAGCUCCAUUUUUGAUCCUUCUAAUUUGCUGGGGUAGAAUUGGAAUCAAUUUAGGAAACUUUACAGUACUAGCUUUACCUUUCCACUUAGGUUUUGGAUCUAUAUUAGCACUAUUCACUCUAUUCUGGUUGAAAUUAGAUAUGUUCGUCACAUGCGCCUGGUUAGUUCCCAUAGGAGGUUUUACUUUCCUCUCUGGGCACAAGCUAUUAAGUCAUUUAGCUGCCAGUAGAAAGCAAGAUAAGGCUGAUAAGUAAAUUAAGUACUGUUUAUUAUUUGCUGAGAAAGCGGGUAUUUUGUUCACAUACAGAGAACUUUUUGUACAAAAACUUUUGCUGACAUUUAAAUAAUUACAUUCAUUAAUUUAUAUUGAGAUUUCUAAGGUAAGAUUGAUAAUCUAUAUUUGAGUAUAUCGCUGACGUUUUUUGUUUGAGUUAAUAUUAUUUAUUUUGUAAAAGUUUGGUAUAAAAAUUUGAGUGGGCAUUUUAUUAACAGCUUGUUUUGUUAUCCACUUACUAUUUUAUCAAGAAUUAAGUUGUACAUAAAGCAUUUUGUAUGAUUACAUCGUAAUUGUGGUAAUUGUUUUUGAAUUUGUCACAGAAAUUUUGUAAUAAAACCCAAAGUAUG